GUUAGAAAAAAGCUUUUACGAGAUAUCAGCACUUUUCUUUCAUUAGAGGGAAGAAGUGAGGAAAGGACCAGACAGCAGCAGACUUUUAAACUUUAAAUAGACAGGUCUGAGCGCCGGGCCGUAAGUUGCUCCUUCUUCUUCCUCUUGCAAGGAGUUCACUCACUGGGGGUGCCUACUUCACUUCUUGGAGAAAAGGGCACCCAGGCAACAUGGGUGACUGGAGUGCCUUGGGCAAACUCCUGGAUAAGGUCCAAGCCUACUCCACGGCUGGAGGGAAGGUGUGGCUCUCCGUCCUUUUCAUUUUCCGCAUCCUGCUCCUGGGGACGGCGGUGGAGUCAGCCUGGGGUGAUGAGCAGUCUGCCUUUCGCUGCAACACCCAACAACCUGGUUGUGAAAACGUCUGCUAUGACAAGUCUUUCCCCAUCUCGCACGUCCGCUUCUGGGUCCUGCAGAUCAUAUUCGUGUCUGUCCCCACGCUCUUGUACCUGGCUCACGUGUUCUACGUGAUGCGCAAGGAAGAGAAGCUGAACAAGAAAGAGGAGGAGCUGAAAGUUGCCCAAACUGAUGGGGCCAAUGUGGACAUGCACUUGAAGCAAAUUGAAAUAAAGAAGUUUAAGUAUGGUAUCGAGGAGCACGGGAAAGUGAAAAUGAGAGGGGGGUUGUUGCGCACCUAUAUCAUCAGUAUCCUGUUCAAGUCGAUCUUUGAGGUGGCCUUCUUGCUGAUCCAGUGGUACAUCUACGGCUUCAGCUUGAGCGCCGUGUACACUUGCAAAAGAGACCCCUGCCCGCACCAGGUGGAUUGCUUCCUCUCGCGCCCCACCGAGAAAACCAUCUUCAUCAUUUUCAUGCUGGUGGUCUCCUUGGUGUCUCUGGCCUUGAACAUAAUCGAACUCUUUUACGUCUUCUUCAAGGGCGUGAAGGAUCGGGUGAAGGGAAAGAGCGAUCCGUACCACGCGUCCGCGGGUCCCCUGAGCCCCUCCAAAGACUGUGGCUCUCCAAAGUACGCUUAUUUCAACGGCUGCUCCUCACCUACCGCGCCGCUCUCGCCCAUGUCUCCUCCCGGCUACAAGCUGGUGACUGGAGACCGAAACAAUUCUUCCUGCCGCAAUUACAAUAAACAAGCCAGUGAGCAAAACUGGGCUAAUUACAGCGCAGAACAAAAUCGAAUGGGUCAGGCAGGCAGCACCAUCUCUAAUUCCCACGCACAGCCUUUCGAUUUCCCUGAUGAUCAUGAGAAUCCCAAAAAAUUAGCUGCCGGGCAUGAACUGCAGCCACUCGCCAUUGUGGAUCAGCGGCCUUCCAGCAGAGCCAGCAGUCGGGCCAGCAGCAGACCUCGGCCCGAUGACCUGGAGAUCUAGACGCAGGCUCGAGAGCGUCCCCAUUCCACUCAACGCUGGUGGAGAAAGAAAAGGUGCUGCUGACCAUGCAGCUGAGGUGUUCAUUUUGUUCCUUUAAGAGGCGGUACUCCACAGCCUCUUCGAGGAGGCUUAGAAAACACAAAGGCAUUAGAUGAUUGAUCUAGGCUCUCUGAGCGUGUCUGGGGUAAGGGGGUGGAGAGGGAGGGGGAAUGGGAGAUACGUGUUGGUAUUUAAAGUAGCUGAUUCAAAGAAUUUAAGUUUUAAAUAAAAGUUGGAGUAGUUGGGACAUAGCCCUCCCCUGCCCCAUACCCUCCCUUGGUUUCGUGUAUUCGAAAAUGGGUGAUAAUCCAUAGCUAAAUAAUGUUUUGUUUUACCAAGAAACCGAAAUAACUUUGGCCAGGAGAAUGUGCUUCCUGAACCUCUUACUGCUUUUCAACAAGAAAAGACAACAAUGUCCUAUUGCCCCCGUUAAACAUUCCAUUGUUAAAUUUUGCACUUUGAAGGUAAGCUUGUUCAGGCCUGACCCUCCAGGUGUCAAUGGACUUAGGCUACUAUACUUUCGGUUUGGGGUAUAAGUUCAGAGUUCAGAGAAGGCCCACAGAAAAAGGCUUUCCCUGCAUUUGCAAAUCUCAGCCAGUUAUGUGUACCUUCUGUUUUGCAUCCACUUGCAUCCCAUCAUUACCUUUUUGUCAUCAUUCCUCAACUGCGAUUCACAUUCAUUUAAUGGUUUCUAUACGCCUUUUUAAAACAGUGUGGAUGUCACUUAACAUUUUUUGAGUUAGAGUCAGGGAGGCAAGCCAUCCUCAAUUAUUUAACAAUCACUUGUAUGUGUGUGGAAUGGUGUAUUUUAAUUGUCAUGUAUUGGUACAAGCAAAUGCGGCAUCAACUCACAAACACAGAUUUGAAAAUAAUGCACCCACAGUUUUGAGCCUUUCUCGUGGACUUUGUUUUGUGGGCCAAUAUGGUGUUUACAUGAUAUAAUUCCUAUUGUGCAACUAAAGCACACUUUUUUUUUCACCCUCCCUAAAAUGGUUUUUCCCAGAACAUCCUAUUAUGGAUACUGGUUUCAUUAAUUCUGAUUCCUUCUUUCUUUUUCUUUUAUUCUUUUUAGAAUGCAGCAGUAAUGCUAUUGUUGAAAUGAAUGAUUUUCUUUUCUUGAAUUGUAAUCACUGAUGCUUGAAUGAUAGAAUUUUAGUACUGUAAACAAGCUGUAGUCAUUAAUGUGAGAGACUUAGAAGAAAAACCUAGAGUGGACUAUUAAUGUUCCUAAGUGAAUUUUGCUGUAACUGGUAUUUUUCAUUUUGUCCUUCUUAAUACACAUUACUUCAGAAUUUGCUUGCUAUUAUGAGUUUGACAGUCAGUCUUUUGGAGUGACAGCAACUUUGAUGUUUGCACUAAGAUUUUAUUUGGAAUGCAAGAGAGAUUUGAAAGAAGUCUCAGUAGUACACAUGUAACUAAUUUAUUUGAAAUCUUUGCUAAAGAAAUCUACCAGUUUCUUCAAGUGCCUUUUAAAAACUUAUCACAGAUGAUUGGUGAAAAUACUAUCGUACCUGUUGUUUCUUGCACAUCAGCUACAGAAACAGCUUUGUACAGUGAGAAAUACUAAUUUGUUUGACAUUCCAUGUUAAACUACUGUCAUGUUCAGCUUCCUUGCAUGUAACGUAGAACCUAGUCCACCAUAUCAUGUGUUGUGUUCUGGAGAGUGUUCUUUAUUCAAUAAAGUUUUAAUUUAGUAUAAAGAGA